CAAAUAUAAGAAAUGUUUUGAUUGGUCCCUAUUAGCUUCUUUUCUCAUAUAGACCAAUCAAAUUUUGCGUUAUAUGAGAUUUUCGAACGCAGCAUGGAAGGCCCAGGACAGCGGUGUCCAGGCCUCGCUUUGACGCAGGGUGUGUGGAAAGGCUGCUGGUCCACUAUUUGUAUGUAGGGACAUUUGCAUACACAUAUUUUUCCCGGUUCGGGAGCUUUAUUCGGCGGAGGAAAACAAGUAUCUUCCUUUACCACGUUUCCGUUGAAAUGCCAUAGAAUUACACGCCAGGAGAUGUACGUCGAUUCGAUAAGGGACCAUGUAUAAAUUCAAUCCACAGACGAAGGGUUCAGGGCAGACCUUUGAUGUCGUUCUCUCCGGAGGUUCACCUUGGGGUUUUACACUACAAGGGGGCAGCGAAUUCAGGAACAGGACGAAACUUUCCGUAUUAAAGGUUACUCCUGGUGGUAAGGCUGAUCUCUCUCAAGCCAUUGCAGUGGGAGAUGAAAUUGUGGCUAUAAAUGGUAUUGAAUGCCAGUCUCGAGCAGAGGCAAUUGAAUUAGUGAGGUGUUCAAGACAAAAGCUUAAAAUUGCUUUGAAAAGAGAAGGUGGAGUUAUACCUGGACCUACGAAUCAUUCCAAUGGUGCUGUGGUCAAGAAAAACAGCGAAGUGCCAAAUCUCUACAAGACAGCUUCUGAACUUUUCUCUUCAUCAGAUUUCUAUUCCACGUUCAACGUAGAUAAACAGAAAUUUGCUGAGAUAACUCAAAACAAGAAGCCUUCUAAUAUUUCCGAUUCCACUGACAACCUUAGCGCUUCGCAUGAAAAUUUGUUAGAGAGCUAUCGUCAAGCAGAAUCGCAACCAAAUAUUUCUAAUUCAUCCAUCAUGGAGGAAACCAGUGAAAGAUUGUCAAGGUCAUCAACAGAGAUAGCAAAUGGCAGAACAAGUCCUGCAGAAGUAGAUGGUCUAAGGUAGGAGAGGGCUUUGUUCAUGCAAUGAAUAAUGUUGCAUAAGGGCACAUGAAGGGACAAGAAUCUGGGAUGUAAGAAAUGGAUAGUUCCCCUGUAGUGCUUACAUGUACAUACAGAACAGUAAUUUAGAGUUGGAUAAAGAUCCCCCUCUUUCAAAGUGCUGUGUUUACAGUAUAAACAGCCAAAAAAAACAAUUGUAAAAAUCUCUACACUGUUUUUCAUUGUCACUUUACAGUGUACACAAUUUUCUGUGGUUGUUGUACAUAUAGUAACCAUGCCUAGAAAACAAAUUUU